UGAAGAUCCUGGUGCAAGCCUGCGUUGAAAGCAUGACGGACAGGAACGGCACCCCGGCAGGAAACCUCCGGCCCAAACUGAAGGAGCUCCUGGGCCGCGUCAGCUCCCGCCACAGCACCGACUCUGAGGUGUGGAGGCAGUACGCUCUUCUGUACGGUGACGGCCACAGCCUUGACCCAGAGGACAACGAAAAGGCCCAUCAGUUCUUGUCUAAAGCUCAUCGCUGUGAGGUCCAGACCGGAGGCUGGGACAAAGACCCGGCUCUGUUUAAGGAGGUGAUCAGAAGAGCCGUCUCUAUGGGUGAAGUGACCAUCAGCUGCAGUCAGAAGAAGACGAAUCCUAAAGAAGCUCUGCAGAUGCUCUCCUCCUCCCGCCUCAGCCUCAGGAGUCUGGCCACUAAAGCUAAGCAAAUGCACACUGAUGUGGCCACGGGUCAGGUUCACGCUGAGCUGCAGGACGGUGUCGCUGCUCUGGAACAACUCAUCACAGAGCUGCAGGAGCUGAGUGGGAAGCUGCGUGACCAAUCACAGUGACCGACCUCCUGAGGAAGAUCAGAAGCAGGGCCUCUGAAACUCCAGGACGCUCAGUCAUAGAGAAGAAUCAGGGACAGGACUAGAGACUGUAGAGCUGCAGACUUCAGCCUCAUGCAUGGUUAAAUCAAGUCUUACAUGUCCUGAUAGAGAAUAAUCUGUAGCUCUGGAAGCCAAAGGACUGUAAUUUCAUAUGCCUGUAUCAUCUAAUCAGAAUGGAAACCAUGGCUUUAAUAGUAAAACCUUUACAAUA